AUGCAGUAAUCACAUAAAUUUCUAAGAUAAUACACAGGACAAUAAAAGUACUAGCAUAGAUCAAAGAAUUUAGAAGCACUUAAGGAUAUGAUGGUUUAUCCUUCAUUGUAGAGAUAUAAUGUAAUAUUAAAUGAGAAUUUUGCCAUCGGCCUAAACUUUAACGGAAUUUUUGCUAUGAAAUUAUGCGUUUAAAAUUAACCAUCCUCUGAAAUCGUUACUAAGAUAAGUAGGAUUAUAAAUACAUAAUUAUAACUAGUUGAGGAUUAUGUUAUAAAGUUAAAUAUAAAUUAGAUUAUUUUAAAUAUCGUUUUUCGAGCGAUGAUAAUUUUGAUACUUGUAUCAGUUAUAUAUGCGCAAUUGGAUUAGCUGCGAGAAACAGAAUUGGGAUCAACAUUAUUAGAAACUGUGUAACUACAUAUUUAAGCUGAUGAACCCACAGGAGAUUUAUUGUAAUUAUUGAAUGGAAUUCAUGAGAAACUAGUAAAAUAAAGAAGUAAUGCGAAUAAACUUUAAAAAUCGAAAUUAGAUGAAUGUAUACAAAAUGUUGAAUCGAUAGAGGAAUUAAUUGCAAAACUAAAUGAGAAUAAAUAUGAUGUACGGGAAGAAAUUUAUGCACAUAAGCCUCACAUUGAAUAGUAUCAACACAUGAUGACAACCAAAAUUAAAGAGAAGGAAUUGUUAAUAAAAAAUAUAGAGAUUUGUCAAAAUAGAGAGAAGUUACAAAAAGAGUAAUAUCAUAAAUUAACAAUGCAAUUAUAAGAAAGGAGAUAUGAUUAUGUGAAUCAAAAAAAUCCGUUGUCUCUCAAAAUUGAUUAAUAAAGCUUAAAACCAUUGUUAAAUGAUUUGAUUGAUUUUACUACAGAUAUGAUGUCAUUAGAAGAUAAGUAUUUCGAUGAAAAACAACAAUAAACCAAAAAUUUAAUUUCAUUAUAUUAAUCAUAAUUAGAUAGUGUCAUACAAUUUUUGAAUGAAAUACAAUAGAACAUAGAUGAAACUGAGCAUCUAGUGAAAUAAUUAGAUUUAGAAUAUAAUGAGAUCAUUUAUAGAAUUAAUUUAAAACAAGAAUAAGUUAAUGAUAUCAAGCAAGAGUGUAAUCACAUUUUUUAAUAAACUAAACAUCAAUCAUAACGCAUUUCAAACGAAAUCGAAGUGGUUAAUUCAAUAAUCUAAUUAAUUGAACACAAUUUUGCAUGGUUACGUUAACAAUUAGGAUUAUGA